AUAAUCCACUGUUGCGCACACUUCCCCUUUAGAUCCACGCACCUCGUCUCUCUCUGGCUAUCUUUAAUUAUAUACCACUCCAUUGUAGUACCGGAGUCCCUCGAAGGGAUUAGAUCGGGCCGGGCCGGGAAAGAUGCUGAAAUUCCUGAAAGGUGUAGUGGGCGGAACGGGAGCGGGCCUCAAAGAUCUGCCUUAUGACAUCGGCGAGCCUUACUCUUCUGCUUGGGGCUCCUGGGUUCACUGCCGUGGCACCUCCAAGGACGAUGGGACUCCUGUAUCAAUAUUUUCUCUUUCGGGAAGCAAUGCAAAUGAUGGCCAUUUAGCUGCGGGUCGCAAUGGUGUCAAGCGCCUUCGAACGGUUAGGCAUCCAAUUAUCUUGUCGUUUCUUUACAGUACCGAGGCAGAAAUUUUUGAUGGUACAAAUACAAAGGUUACAAUCUACAUUGUUACAGAGCCUGUUAUGCCCCUGUCUGAAAAGAUCAAGGAAUUGGGAUUAGAAGGCAGCCAAAGGGAUGAGUAUCAUGCAUGGGGACUGCAUCGGAUAGCUAAAGCUGUGAGCUUCCUAAAUAAUGAUUGUAAAUUGAUUCAUGGUAAUGUUUGUAUGGCUAGUGUUGUUGUCACUCAAACUUUGGACUGGAAGUUACAUGCCUUUGAUAUUCUGUCCGAGUUUGAUGGGAAUAAUGAAGCUUCAGCAGGGCCAAUGCUGCAAUAUGAAUGGCUUAUUGGUUCACAAUACAAACCAAUGGAGUUGUCAAAAUCUGACUGGACAGCUAUCAGAAAAUCUCCACCCUGGGCUAUUGAUUCUUGGGGUCUGGGCUGUCUUAUUUAUGAACUCUUCUCGGGUAUGAAGUUGAGAAAAACUGAGGAGCUGCGCAAUACUGCUAGCAUUCCGAAGUCUCUACUUCCAGAUUAUCAGCGUCUCCUGAGUUCUGUGCCUUCUCGCAGGUUGAAUUCAUCAAAGCUUCUGGAAAAUAGCGAAUAUUUUCAAAAUAAGUUGGUGGAGACUAUACACUUUAUGGAAAUUCUUAAUUUGAAAGACAGUGUUGAAAAGGAUAUCUUUUUUCGUAAGCUUCCAAAUCUUGCCGAACAGCUUCCUCGCCAGAUAGUCCUGAAAAAGUUGCUUCCAUUACUAGCAUCUGCCUUAGAAUUUGGUUCAGCUGCUGCACCUGCUUUGACAGCAUUGUUGAAAAUGGGUUCUUGGCUUUCAGCUGAAGAUUUUAGUCUCAAGUUACUACCAACAGUCGUCAAACUUUUUGCAUCAAAUGAUCGUGCUAUUCGAGUUGGUCUUCUGCAGCAUAUUGAUCAAUUUGGCAAGUCGUUAUCCUCACAAGUUGUUGAUGAACAAGUUUACCCUCAUGUUGCUACUGGCUUUUCCGACACUUCUGCUUUUCUACGGGAAUUGACACUCAAAUCCAUGCUUGUUCUUGCUCCUAAGUUGUCUCAGCGCACUAUAUCAGGGUCAUUACUGAAAUUUCUUUCCAAACUACAGGUGGAUGAAGAACCGGCAAUUAGAACAAAUACUACUAUAUUGCUCGGAAAUAUUGCAAGCUACCUUAAUGACGGGAUGAGGAAAAGAGUUCUGAUAAAUGCAUUUACAGUUCGAGCUUUGCGUGAUACAUUCUCUCCUGCCCGAGGAGCAGGUAUUAUGGCUUUAUGUGCCACUAGUUCUUACUAUGACAUCACAGAGAUAGCGACUCGAAUUCUACCAAAUGUUGUUGUACUGACCAUUGAUCCUGACAGUGAUGUUCGAUCGAAGGCAUGCCAAGCUGUUGACCAGUUUUUACAAAUAGUGAAACAAUACCAUGAGAAGACAAGCAUGGGGGAUACUACGGGUGCUUCAAGUACAGAAAUUUCAUCAACACCUGGAAACGCGAGUUUACUUGGAUGGGCCAUGAGCUCUUUGGCUCUAAAAGGUGGCAAACCUUCUGAGCCGAGUGUUCUUGCUUCAUCAAGUGCAAGUGCACCUAUUGCUUCUUCAAUCUCCAAUGCCAGCUCCGACUUGGAUGGUGCACAUGUCCCGGCAGUCCGUGGAAGUUCCGGCACAGUUUUAACUGAUCAACCUGCACCUGUGUCCCCUACCUCGUCAACUGAUGGAUGGGGAGAACUUGAAAAAGGCAUUCAUAUAGAUGAGGGUGAAAAAGAUGGUUGGGAUGAUGUUGAACCACUAGAAGCAUCAAAACCUUCUUCAGCUCUUGCAAAUAUCCAAGCAGCCCAAAAGCGGCCCGUCUCACAGCCAAAAUUACAAGUUUCGAGUUCGAGACCAAAAAGCUCAUUAAAGACGCGUAAAGAUGAAGACGAUGACUUGUGGGGCUCAACUGCCAACCCUGCUCCGAAAUCCAAGUCAAAACCUUCGAACUCAAGAACAAGCAUAGUUGACGACGAUGACCCUUGGGGUGCUAUAUCUGCCCCCAUUCCAAAAUCAUCAUCAAAGACGCGUAAAGAUGAAGAAGAUGACUUGUGGGGCUCAACUGCCAACACUGCUCCAAAAUCCAAGUCAAAACCUUCGAACUCAAGAACAAGCAUAGUUGGCAACGAUGACCCUUGGGGUGCUAUAUCUGCCUCCGUUCCAAAAUCAUCAUCAAAGCCUAUGAAUCUGAAAUCUGGUGGAUCAGCUGAUGACGACCUUUGGGCUUCGAUUGCAGCCCCUGCACCCACAACCGGAUCCAAGUCCUUGUCACUGGGGCGUGGCAGAGGCUCUAAACCUGCUGCUCAAAAACUUGGUGCUCAAAGGAUAAACAGAACAUCAUCUGGGAUGUAAACAUGGAAUGGUAUUUUGGAAAUUUGUUUUGUAUAUAUUUUCAUCUAGUGACUUUUUGAGUUAUAAUGAACUAGUGUCUCUAGGUGUGCUGUAUUUUUCUUUGAAAUAACACCUGUGGGCUGUGAUAAUGUUGUUUUAAUCAAAUAGUUCUGCUUAUUAAAUUUAUUUUUACACUGGAUUAACAUUUUUUGGUAA